AUGGCGGACCACAGCUGUGGUGGAUUUAAUUCGCCAGUGUUGUGGAUUUUUUCUGCGAAAUCUCUAAUCAAAAUGUGUUUGUUUGUUCUCGCGUUGAGACCUGUAGACGCUGAGGUUCAAAUUGAAGAUGCAUUCCGUGCAGGAAAUAAAGUAUUUUCACCGACCGCUGCAGCAGCACGGGACCUACGGUAGGGAGCGUCGACAGCGUAUCAUUAGCAAUAGUAAACACCGAUUUCGGCUGCUCUGUUCUGUAGCCUGUAUAGGCGAUAUGCACAGGCGAGCAUGACGUAUUUCCGGUUAAAUCUCAAGAUGGAUGGAAACUUCCGGUUAUCGUAGAAUGCUGUGCUACCGUAUGCAAGCGUUGAAUGCUUGUCGUCAAAAACAUCCGAAACGGUUAAUUUUCGUCGUUGUUUAUCUUAAUGUUUAUGUUAAUGUUUUUACUUGUAAUACUUCGUCUUGACUUAUAACACGAUGACGUGUAAACGUACGAAAGUGUCCUUUAAAAAACGGGAUGACAGUGGGUAGUGGGUUGAGGGUUGAUGGGUCUGGUAGCUCACCGCUGUAGCCCUUGUAAAGUGUAGAUCUGGAAUAACAAUAUCAGGAAAAGUAAAGGGUUCACUAAGAAAUACACCAGAAUCUAACAGAGAUUAAUAACAUUUCUUUCGCAACACAUUGUAGUCUGACUAUUUAAUUGGAUUCUGCAUACCUAAUUCCGCUUGCCGGAGUAGCAUCUGGUUUGGGCUUCACUACAACCAUGGCAUCCACAGGUCCUGGCUUCACUCCCUAUUUAUUUAUGAGAUGUUAUUAGGAGAGAUGCUAGUAUGCAUGUGACACAACUGUCUGGUAUUGUUCGCCACUUCUGCUCUGUUUCAGUGCACGAAAGUACAGGAGGGACGACAGACAUGCCACAUUCAGAGUAAUAGUAAUACAACCAAAUGAUUGCAUAUCCCACACCCAGCCACACAGGAACCGUAGCUUUUAAAAAGCACAACUGGCUGUGAAUCACUCAAUGUCAUCUGAAAUACACAGAAGCAUAAUUUAAAUGGGUUUUGAAAGACAAGGGUCUACAGCAGCAGGAGUAAGAGCAAAACUUGUUCUUUCUACUUUUUACUGGUGUAAGCAACUUAUCUACGGUCUAGUGUCACUUUUGUGCUUUCUGCAUCACUUUCCUACUGUCUUGCACCACUUGGCUAUACUGUCUCCCACCACUUACCUAUUGUCUUGUGCCAUUUACCUACCUUCAAACAGUAUUGGCAGAGCAGUAGGUGAGUGGUGCAACAUUGUAGCCUAGUACCAAUAACAACAGUAGAGUGAAGGUUUUGCUCCUAAUUCCUCUUGAAAAGUAGAAACAUCAAGUACAAAAGCAAGGAAGUUGGGCCAUAUGUUUAUAAAGAAAGAAGUAAAGAUGACCGUACAGUUUUGAGUAGAACAUCAGCAGUUUGAAGAAUAGCUGAGUGGAAUAUGUUACUGUCAUUGCAGUCAUCAAGUCAGGAAAAAGUAGUAAUCUCAUUAUUGUUUACAUUUCAAACCAAACUCCAAUUUGUUUACAACAGACCCAACAACAAAGCAUGGCAAUUCCCACUCAGCUACCCUGGUUUGUAUUAGGCUACCACUGUUCAGCUAUUGUGAAAACCACUAAAGUUCUAAAGUGUUCUCUUAGCAAUGGCAAUCAAAGCUGUGGUAACAUUAAACGAGUAAAACGUGUUGAACGGAACCUUGAACAAGUUCAACAGAACUUUGAACGUGUCACUUAAUCUAGUCUUACUCUCAGCUGGUGUGGUGUCUUUAGUUUCUUCAUUGAGCGGUAGCAGUGGGCUCUCACAGAGUCUACUGUCACUGUCUUAAUGUUUUUUUCCGGUAACCGGAAAUGCCCAAGCAUCCUUACGCCAAUGCGGAACUGAUGCGUGCAUAGAGCCUAUUUCAUUAGGGAGGCGUUUAGCUUCAAUCUAUUCAAUUUUCUACAGUGGUGCAGUAAAAAAAAAAAAAUUAUCGCCCAAGACUUUCUAUAUUCUGUAACCAGAAAACAUUUAAUUAAAACGCACAAAAAGCAGGCUACAGUUGUCUGCCUCUGAGUGAACCGCCUCCCUGGGUACCUGGGAGCUAUAGCUCUCGGUCUAACAGAACUCAUGUUUAUCAGGCGUUCGGGCACAUCAAUAGAACAACAGUAUUAUACUAUUAUAUUGUAUCUCUAUAACUUUAUGCUGCCAGAUAUCUUCUCUACGACGUCAACCCACCAGAGGGCUUCAACCUGCGUCGGGACGUGUACAUCCGCAUGGCGUCCCUGGUGAAGACCCUGAGGAGACACGGUGACUGGGUGCUGGUGCUGCCCCCUUGGGGGCGUCUCUACCACUGGCAGAGCCCAGACAUCCACCAGACAAGGAUCCCCUGGGGAGAGUUCUUCAGCCUCACCAGUCUCCAGGGCAACGUGCCAGUCAUAGAAUACGAGGAGUUUAUAGCCGGUGAGUGCAGCUGAGCUGAAGUGAUCUGUACUGUGCUGGCCUGGUUAUGUAUCCACCAUAGUUACUGGGAUCAUGCUGGAAAGGAUAUUGUGGAAGGAAAAUAUCAGAGCCAGCACAGUAAGAUUCUGGUCAACACUAUAGUGUGAACCACCCCUCAGACAUUUGAGUACAUUUACAUGUUGCUGUGGUUGGUUAACUUCCCCUGACUCCUGGCUCCUGGCUCCUUUCCAUUUUCCUCUGUUAAUGAUUGUUCCAUGGGUAUAAUAAUGCAUUAUGAUGCCUGGUCAUAAAGGCUCAUACAAACAUAACAUUGUACCUGCAGGCUUAAAGUAACAUUUUAUAUUCCCAUAUUUUUGCCUCUAGAGUCUGGAGGUCCGUUUAUUGAGCAGGUCCUGGUGCUACAGAACUACGCUGAAGGGUGGACGGACGGAAAAUGGGAGGAGAAAGUGGAUGAGAGACCCUGCGUUGAGCGGUUAAUGUACUCCAAAGACAAACAGGGUUAUUACAGGUACAGUGACCAGGUUCAGAGAUGGAUAGCAACACAAUAUAUUCAACACAAUGCAUUCCAAAGACACUAAGGACUACGGCAUGAGGAAACUAACAGUCUGUCAUCUGUGCUUACCUAUCUCUAUGUCUCGCAAAGUUGAACUAGAAAAGGUAAAUACUUGCUUCAGCUACUGAAGGUUUUGUUAUGGGAGUGGAAGCAAAUGUGUUAGUAGUAGUAAUAGUAGUAUAGUGGGGUAGUGAGUAUUGGGUAGUUGCAGUCAUAGAAAUAUCCCUGUGUUUAAUCAAUCAAUCAAAUGUAUUUAUAAAGCCCUUUUUACAUCAGCAGAUGUCACAAAGUGCUAUAAAGAAACCCAGCCUAAAACCCCAAACAGCAAGCAAUGCAGAUGUAGAAGCACAUUUCCUCUCUCUUUCGCUCUCCCUCUCUAUAGAGGUUGGUUCUGGGGCUAUGAGGAAACCAGGUGUGUGAACGUCACCUGUCUGUCAGCUCAGGGCCACGCCUCCAUCCUGGCACCACUCCUGCAGAACAACAUCACAUCAACGUGAGUCAAUAGAAGUCUGUGUUUGGCCAUGGUAGAAAAAUAAUUUCAUAUGGAACCAGCCCUAAUGAAUGCUUGAUUUAGGCCAAAUAUUCUUGUCUUAGGCAAAUCAAAUACUAAUGACAUAACACUGACAUGUGCCAUGGAAUUCCAAUUUUAGAUGUAUAGUCUUUAUUGGAUUUGCUGAAUGUACUGUAUGAGAUGUGCACCUGUGUCCACUGAUGGAGCUCUUUCCUUUCAUAUCCCUGCAGGUCAGUGAUGUUGGAUAGAGCAGAGACUGUCCUCCAUGAUCUCUACGCUGGAAAGGACUACUGGAAUGUUAGUCUGAUAAGUUGUAAAGAAUGUAGCUUAAGUUUGGUAAUGUUUGAUACCCUACAAUCAUACACUGAACAAAAAUAUAAAUGCAACAUGCAACAAUUUCAAUGAUUUUAAUGAGUUACAGUUCAUAAGGAAAUCCGUCAAUUGAAAUAAAUUCAUUAGGCCCUAAUCUAUGGAUUUCACAUGACUGGGAAUACAGAUAUGCAUCUGUUGGUCACAGAUACCUUUUUAAAAAAAAGGUAGGGCGUGGAUCAUAAAACCAGUCAGUAUCUGGUGUGACCACCAUUUGCCUCAUGCAGUGCGACACAUCUCCUUCACAUAGAGUUGAUCAGGCUGUUGAUUGUGGCCUGUGGAAUGUUGUCCCACUCCUCUUCAAUGGCUGUGCGAAGUUGCUGGAUAUUAGCGGGAACUGCAACACGCUGUCGUAUACGUCGAUCCAGAGCAAACCAAACAUGCUCAAUGGGUGACAUGUCUGGUGAGUAUGCAGGCCAUGGAAGAACUGGAAAAUUUUCAGCUUCCAGGAAUUGUGUACAGAUCCUUGCGACAUGGGGCUGUGCAUUAUCAUGCUGCAGAACUUGCACCUGUGUAAUGAUCAUGAUGUUUAAUCAACUUCUUGAUAUGCCACACCUGUCAGGUGGAUGGAUUAUUUUGGCAAAGGAGAAACGCUCACUAACAGGGAUGUAAACAAAUGUGUGCACAACAUUUGAGGGAAGUAAGCUUUUUGUGCAUAUGGAACAUUUCUGGGAUCUUUUAUUUCAGCUCAAACGUGGGACCAACACUUUACAUGUUGCGUUUAUAUUUUUGUUCACUGUAGUAACAAGAUGAUUAACUAAAUUGUGCAUUUUAAUCCCUCAACCUUUUGCUAAUGAAUUGUUCAGUCAUGACAAUUGUACCUUAUUACCACUAAUUUAAUGGAUAGUCCUUACCUGUUUGGUUUAACACUCCCAAUUUUGCCCAUUAAGUAUUUUUGUGCCUUCUCUCUAGACUCGCCGCAGCAUGGUCUUCGCCAAACACCUGCGUCUCCUAGGGGACGAGUUCCGAGCAAUGUACCUGAACUCCACAGACGAGCAGGACCAGACCGUAUACAAUGAGGACUGGACUCUCAUUAAGGUUUUUAGACUUCUUCACAUACAUUUCUUGCACAUUUAGAUUAUAUUUAUCCACAUUACAUUACUUCCUGCACUAGCAACAUGUAGGUCUACUGUAUCUACUUAACCUAUACAAUUAAUGGGGGGACAUGUUAAGGUAUGGAUAGUUAUGGUUUGCUGUUGGUGGUUGAUUUGGAUUGGGCAUCAGUGGUUUGAUGUGUUAUUCAUUUCUGUGUGUAAACUUAGAAUAAGCUGAGUUCUGCGAGAGGGGGGCCAUACCUGGGUGUCCACCUGAGAAGGAAGGACUUUAUCUGGGGUCACAGAGAGGAUGUGCCCAGCCUCAAAGGAGCUGUCAAGAAGAUCAGGAGCCUCAUGAAGAAAAACAACCUAGACAGAGUCUUUGUGGCCACAGAUGCAGAUGAUGAAGGUACUGUUGUACUUUGGUGCCAUUGAGAUAGAUUGAUGUUGAAUUUAGAUGAAAGAAGUUGUUGACAAUAAAGCGAUUCAUAUUUGCAGCCUUAAGAACAUAACAAUAAUUUUGUUAAGAAUUGGAAUGUCCACGGUCGAUGUCCGCGCCCCUGCGGAAAUCUAAUUAGCAUAAUAAAUAAAUCCCCAUAGAAAUCUGCCUAUGUCGCACUUCCGCAUCUGCAGUGAAAGGGCUAGAGCGGUGUUUGUCAGACCAUAAGACAUGCCCGAAAAUCUGUCUUCUCACAAAAUCGUCUGUAGCGUCCGAACAGUUUAGCCUUCAAACUAUUAUGACCCCUCUAUAGAAUGAUGAGACUCUCGUGAACAUGUUUUGCUCUAGGAUGCCCACAGGCCUCACAAGACUCAUCUGAAGGUCCCCCGGUACCAGUUGAAAAAAUUAAUGGAAGUAUAUAUGGAGACUGUUUAGUGCUAUAAAUAAGGGGUUAAAUACAAUAAGGGGUUGAAUGCAUAACAAAUGUUUCCUGAUUUUUCUCAGAUAUAGGACAGACACUUCAGAACAAACUUUUUUUGGGACUGUUGCUCCAUGUAGUGAAUCUGUUAUUCAAUGCGUUUGUAUGGGCUAAUAGCAGUAAGGCCAAAAAUAAUUGUAUCAUAAUUGUUUGAUUUUUUUUAUACUUCAAAAGGUUCUUAAUAUUCAAAAUCAACUGGCAAAAUGAUCCUUGGUAUGACCUUCAAACAAUUCCAUAUAGCUUAGUAGUACCCCCCCUCCCCCGGCUUAGUCUCUUAAGGGUUAAAUGAAAUUGACCCCAACCCGAUUACCCAGUAGAGAGAAUAACUACAUCAAGGCUUGGCAGGUUUAUUCUGUCCGUACCCUACUCCACAGAGUCUGUCCUAGACAAUAUGACCGGUGUGUUCCUAAUGAGGCAUAUGUCUGUCCUGUGCAGAGCUGGCGGAGCUGAAGAGGAUGUUACCAGAGAUGACACGCUUCGAGCCCACCUGGGAGGACCUGGAACUACUCAAAGACGGGGGCGUGGCUAUCAUUGACCAAUGGAUCUGCGCACAUGCCAGGUACAGCUCACACUGUGCUUAGAAUAUAUUCCACCAUUCAGAUGAAAGUGUUACACAACGUGUGCAGACUGUAGGUAGGGAGCUGUGAUGAGUACACAUGAUGCAGACAUUCUUGUGUUUUUCUUUUGUUGAUGUGCACAUGUAAAUACUGAAGUUAGUCCAUAAGAGUAUACUGCUACAGCAUGAUAUAACAUAAGGGGCUAAACCAAAUACAGAGGCUAUAAUAGAGAAAUACACUUACAGGACAAAGGCCCAAUUACUGGUAAACCCAACAGAAACGUGACCAUAAUGAAACUAGGGUCUGUGCACAAGACCACUGUGGAAUAGUAACUGUGCCACAAGGAAGGCACAGGCUAAAUUAGGCUACAUGCAUACAUAAGGCUAAAAACAGUGCACAGUAGCAUGAGGCUACAUAAAGGUUCUAAAUGUCCAUAAACAAGGCUAUGCAUAAACAGUCAAUAUGAACUUGAAAAUAUUACCCCUGAAAUGAUACGUGAGCUACACCAGGCCUAACGUGCUACCAUUACUAGCUAACAUCUUGGCUUAGCUGGCUAGCAGUAGCAUGACACAUGAAAGAAAAAUACCUCAAAUAUGAACUUGAUCGCCUUAGCAACACUCAACUAAAGUAAUGACAUGUCAGACAGUACUUACAAUUAGAUGCACGCACUAAAACACAGGUCAAAUACAGAUUGGUGAGGACCAGUCCAACUAGUCCAGUCUGUUCUGACCACGAUCUCACGCUGAAGACAGGAGCGGGGUUCAGUGAGUACGUUUACAUGUUGUUACGUUCCCCAGCUAGAAAACCCAAAUAUGUCGCUCAAACAGAAGCAGGAUUUAACAAAGUCGCUGAACAACAACCAAAACAGGUGGAGUUUUAGGAGGGGUUCUGAAAGAUACUCUUGGGGGUGUCCACUGAAAGUUGACUAGCAACAAAAACUGGAACCUAAAAGACACCCACCAUGAGUGCCCACUAAAUUUGCCCAAGAAGAGGCAAACAAAAGAAAAACCCACACCAAACUUAAAGACAGGAAGCAAACCAAAAAGUGGAACAAAUUGAAAACAGGGAAGAUCAAAUAAAGGCUUGUUUGUCUAGAAACGAAUAGGGAGCGCCAACUAAAAGUGUUAAUCCUCUGUCUCUCAAGACAGCUGGAGCACUGGACCAGCCACUCUUAAAUAGCAACUGGACCAGCACAGGUGACACACCUUCCCACUAAUGAGAUGGCAACCAGCACAGGUUUAACACAUACUGACUAACAAGGUGACACCAAUCGGUGCGCCCUAUAUGCUAACGUGCUAUACGUGCUAAAGUCCAACCUCAAAACAUAAAUGGAAAAACCAGACCCUGUAACACAUGCACACUAAUAAUUUGAUAUUAAACUGAUUAUGUCAAUAGUCAUGUAAACACGUUACUCUUCUUAUCUUAAUCGGCGGAAGGUCAAAAUCGAAGUAGGCAUACGCCGAUAAAAACACCUGGUUUUCUGAGAAAUCUUUAGGAUUAUUAGGACAUGUAAACACCUUAAUCAGCGUUCCAGCGAUGCAUUUGAUCUGUGCAUGUGCUUACACCAGCCGAGCGAGCCUCCCUCUUUAGCGCGGGUGAAGUGUGUUCAGAACACCUGAAUGUAUGCGUCUUAGAAAUAGUUUUCACAUACAAACUUUAUAUGUCGGAACUCAGAAUAAAAUAUGCUUCCCAAAAAUAACAUGUUCGUUGUGGUAGAACGUUUAUUUUGAUUGGCGAUUUUCUGCAGUUAUCAGAGUGCCAUCAGGUAGUCUGAUUUCAGAUGUGUCCAUGUAAACAGGAUAAUUAGGGAAAUCGUUCUUCUUGCAAAGCAUGUAAACGGUUUAAUCAAACUAUUAUAUUAAUCUCACUAUCCACAAUAAUUGUGUGCAUGUAACGGCAAUCAGUUGAGGUGCACUGGGAAUGGUGGACUGUGAUUGGCUGAUAGAAGUGGGGUGACUUGUAGGUACCACUAAUGAGAAAAUAAGGGGUGUUGGGCAAAUAAAACAAAUACUAGAAUAGGGGAAAAGUAAACACUAAAUAAGAGCUGGCCUUUUAACAAGUAUUGUAUGGAAAGUCCCCUGUAGCUCAGUUGGUAGAGCAUGGCGCUUGCAACGGCAGGGUUGUGGGUUCGUUUCCCACGGGGGGCCAGUAUGAAAAAAAAUGUAUGCACUCACUAACUGUAAGUCGCUCUGGAUAAGAGCAUCUGCUAAAUGACUAAAAUGUAAAUGAACGAUGUAUUGUAUUUGGGAAGGUGAAGUCUGUUGUUAUACUGUAUUUCAUGUUGGUUUGAUACUUGUAAAAGUGACUUGUCUUUCUUUCUUAGUUGCCCUUGGAGGGAUGAAUAAAGUUGUACUAAAUUGAAUUCCCUCUAUCUCCCUUCCAUUUCCCAGGUAUUUUAUCGGAACCUCCGUGUCAACCUUUUCCUUCCGUAUCCACGAGGAAAGAGAGAUAUUGGGAUUCGACCCGAAAACCACCUACAACCGCUUCUGUGGGGACAGUGAGAACGUGUGUGAACAGCCCACACACUGGAAAAUAGUCUACUGACUCAACGAUUCAACACCUCUCUAAAAACAUGUCAAAAGCAGUGUUAAAGUGGAUCUUUUUUCUAUAUACAGUACCAGUCAAAAGUUUGGACACACCUACUCAUUCAAAGGUUUUUCUUUAUUUCUACUAUUUUCUACAUUGUAGAAUAAUAGUAAAGACAUCAAAACUAUGAA